GGUGAUGACCUGGCUUAAAUUAAACAUUUCUGUUAGCGGCUUCUCUAUUUUAACUUGCUUCUCUCUUAGAACAAAUGUCCCUUUAUCUCCUGCUUAUCUCUUUUGCAUUCUAAAGUACAAUUUCAUUAAAUCCCUGAGGUCUAAGAUUUUUUCUUUGGGAGCUUAUGUCUGGUGUCUCUAAUGGAAAGUGGAAAAAUAAGGAUAGUUCAUUGCUAAAUCUUACACGCUUCUUUUGAGAGAUUUAUAUUUUACAAGUUGAAGGGUACUUUUGGGGCACAGAGAUGGAAUUAUGUAGUUACUGUUUUAAUAACCAUGUCCUAAUUAUUUAUAGCUUCCUGCCUGACAUAACUCACUUCAAGAAGAGCACAAUGUCAGAACGUGGAAUUAAGUGGGCUUGUGAAUAUUGCACGUAUGAAAACUGGCCAUCUGCGAUCAAGUGCACUAUGUGUCGCGCCCAAAGACCAAGUGGAACAAUUAUUACAGAAGAUCCAUUUAAAAGUGGUUCAAGUGAUGUUGGUAGAGAUUGGGAUCCUUCUAGCACUGAAGGAGGAAGUAGUCCUUUGAUAUGUCCAGACUCUAGUGCAAGACCCAGGGUUAAGUCUUCGUACAGCAUGGAAAACGCAAAUAAAUGGUCAUGCCACAUGUGUACCUAUUUGAACUGGCCAAGGGCAAUCAGAUGUACCCAGUGCUUAUCCCAGCGUAGGACCAGGAGUCCCACAGAAUCUCCUCAAUCCUCAGGAUCUGGUUCAAGACCAGUUGCUUUUUCUCUUGAUCCUUGCGAGGAAUACAAUGAUAGAAAUAAACCGAACACAAGGACCCAGCAUUGGACUUGUUCUAUUUGCACAUAUGAAAACUGGGCCAAGGCUAAAAAAUGUGUUGUUUGCGAUCAUCCCAGGCCUAAUAAUAUUGAAGCAAUAGAGUUGGCAGAGACUGAAGAGGCUUCUUCAAUAAUAAAUGAGCAAGACCGAGCUCGGUGGAGGGGAAGCUGCAGCAGUGGGAAUAGCCAAAGAAGAUCGCCUCCCACUAUGAAACGGGACUCUGAAAUGAAAAUGGAUUUUCAGAGGAUUGAAUUGGCUGGUGCUGUUGGCAGCAAGGAGGAACUUGAAGUGGACUUUAAAAAACUAAAACAAAUUAAAAACAGGAUGAAAAAGACUGAUUGGCUAUUCCUCAAUGCUUGUGUGGGGGUUGUGGAAGGUGACUUAGCCGCUAUAGAAGCGUACAAGUCAUCAGGCGGGGACAUCGCGCGUCAGCUCACUGCAGAUGAGGUGCGCCUCCUGAACCGCCCUUCUGCUUUUGAUGUUGGCUACACUCUAGUACAUCUGGCUAUACGCUUUCAGAGGCAGGAUAUGCUAGCAAUACUGCUUACAGAGGUGUCUCAACAGGCAGCAAAGUGUAUUCCAGCAAUGGUGUGUCCUGAACUGACAGAGCAGAUCCGGCGAGAGAUAGCCGCCUCUCUUCAUCAGAGAAAGGGGGAUUUUGCUUGCUAUUUUCUGACUGACCUUGUUACAUUUACAUUGCCAGCAGAUAUUGAAGACUUGCCUCCAACAGUCCAAGAAAAAUUAUUUGAUGAGGUGCUUGAUAGAGAUGUUCAGAAAGAGUUAGAAGAAGAAUCUCCAAUUAUCAACUGGUCUUUGGAAUUGGCUACACGUUUGGACAGUCGACUUUAUGCGCUUUGGAACCGGACUGCAGGAGACUGCUUGCUUGAUUCAGUGCUACAAGCUACCUGGGGCAUUUAUGACAAGGACUCGGUGCUUCGGAAAGCCCUGCAUGACAGCCUGCAUGACUGUUCACAUUGGUUUUAUACACGUUGGAAAGAUUGGGAAUCAUGGUAUUCUCAGAGCUUUGGUUUACAUUUUUCCUUGAGAGAAGAACAGUGGCAAGAAGACUGGGCAUUCAUACUCUCUCUUGCUAGUCAGCCUGGAGCAAGUUUGGAACAGACACACAUUUUUGUACUUGCACAUAUUCUUAGACGACCAAUUAUAGUUUAUGGAGUAAAAUAUUAUAAGAGUUUCCGGGGAGAAACUUUAGGAUAUACUCGGUUUCAAGGUGUUUAUUUGCCUUUGUUGUGGGAACAGAGUUUUUGUUGGAAGAGUCCCAUCGCUCUGGGCUAUACAAGGGGCCACUUCUCUGCUUUGGUUGCCAUGGAGAACGACGGCUACGGCAACCGGGGCGCUGGGGCUAACCUCCACACCGACGACGACGUCACCAUCACCUUCCUGCCCCUGGUCGACAGCGAGAGGAAGUUGCUCCACGUGCACUUUCUUUCUGCUCAGGAGCUAGGUAAUGAGGAACAGCAAGAGAAACUGCUCAGGGAGUGGCUGGACUGCUGUGUGACCGAAGGGGGGGUGCUGGUGGCCAUGCAGAAAAGUUCUCGGCGGCGGAACCACCCCCUGGUCACGCAGAUGGUAGAGAAAUGGCUUGACCGCUACCGACAGAUCCGGCCUUGUACGUCCCUAUCAGACGGAGAGGAAGAUGAAGAUGACGAAGAUGAAUGAAAAAAAUCAAAGAGCAGAAGACCAGGGUAUCAGCUCUGUGGCGACCCCAAAGCUAGUGUGGUGCACGCUCCAAGCAGAGCGCAAGGCAUGGAAGGAACCAGAUCUGCCAGGAUCUGCCCGGAAGGGCUUUUCUAAUCCACACCCAAUGGAGAUGACGUAUCUGCUGUGUGAGGAGACAGAGAACUUUGUUUGGACUACAGUUUGUAAAAAAAGAAAAAAAAAAACUAAUUUUAUUAAGACAGAACUUUUUUCCUUUCAAAUUGUAAAUCUGUCUAUAAAUGUGUAACGCAUGUGGUUGUGUAAGAAGUUGUGUAAUAGGACAAGUUGUACCAGCAUCUUCAUAUUAUUGAGAAGUUUUUUCCAGCACGGGCACCUCCAAAAGCACAUGGCAGAUGACUCUCUGUUCCUUUGAGAUACUCUUUUUGAAGUAGAACCUGGCAUUCUACUUCCAUCUUAAAAGGCCCACUUUACGUUGAGUCUCAUUAGAGCUCAUUAGAGAUUUGGAAACUUUCUGUACAAAUUAUCCACAGCAAAACAUAAAAAUAAAAACAAGCUUUUAUUUUAUUAAUAAUUUAGUUCCUGUCAUGCCCAAUAAAACGAAGUCAAAUCUUUAAGGAACAAACUGGAAGGAAAGUAAGAAUUGUUUGAGUGAACUUCAUACAGACGUCAUUCCCUUGUUUUGGAAAGGGUUUUGGUUUCUAUUAUUUCGUCUUUUUUAAGCUUCUGAUAUGCCCCUUUUCAGUAUUUAGGUAUUUAUUUGUUUGGAAGAGCACCCUUAACCUGAGGGUUCUUCUCCCAGAGUCCGGGCGGCAGUCUCUCUCUGAGUCGUCAUUCCCGGGAUGUAAGUUAAGAAAGAGCCUGGGGAACAGGCCCACUUGUAACUAAAUGAAUUGUGUGAAAUUUGCGCACUUGAUUCAGUUGACAAUGUUAUACUCCCAAAUUGCCAUGCAGAGGGUCUUUGGAUUCUACCUUGUAUCAUCAACUCUGCUUUAAGCAAAUCGUGUUAGAAAGGCAUGCCUUUGCUUGGGCUCAUUGGGAAUCAUUGUUAAGUAUAGAAUAAAGAUUUGAAAAUGCAGUAAGGUGGAAAUGCAUUAUAUAAUGAAUUUCUCAGAGUAGUCUGAGAAUUUUUGCAUGUUGGUUAAUUGUGGCCAUUCUUAUUUAAAAGUUAAAACUUAUAAUCUUAGAUAGAAAUCUUUUUAUAAAAAGUAUUAUUUGACCACUUCAGGUAUAUGUUCAAUACUGGGUAAAAAUUUCAGGCCUAUCUCAGGAACACAUGAAAGACUUAGUGUCCUGAUAAGCACUUUGUAGACUAUUAAUGUGGCAAGGAAUUUGGAAAGCAGCCCCAUACACACACACACGCACGCUGUUCCUUCCCUUUGAUGAAAAGGCUGUGAAAAACCUUUAAAUAUUUGCUUCUUGUUUCCUUCUAAGUUCUGUUUAGAUGGUGUUUGAAAUGUGCACCUCUAAUUUGAUGCUGGAAUACUAAAAAUAGAAAA